AUGGCGUCCAAGAAUGUUGAUGGUCAAGAAAAAAUGUCAUGGCCUCCAAGACAUGAGACAAUAUUCGUACAUAUAUUGCAUGAACAUGUGAAGAAGGGUGACUUGCAGACAUCAACUUUUAAAAUGAAAGUUUGGGCAGAAAUAAGUGAUGAGUUGUAUGCACAAUGUGGACAAAAAUAUUUGAUUGAGCAUACGGGAUUUGGGUGGGAUCCUAUUGCAAACACAGUGACUGCCUCAGAAGAUGUUUGGGCAAGUUACUUGAAGAGUAAGCCAAAAGCGAAGCAAUUUCGCACUCAAGGCUUAGAGCACUAUCAACUUUUAGGGGAGAUAUUCAACACUACUACUGCAACCGGGCAAUUGCAUUAUGCCUCUAGUCAACUUCCUCCUAACUCAGAUGAUGAACGUGAGUUAGAAAACAACUUCCUUAACACCGGAGUUCACAUCGAUGUUGACUUGGAUGAUGAUGGUGACAACCCUCAGCUUCUGAGUGGUAAAGGAAAAAGAAAGUGUGCAACUAUUGCUCCACCCGAGUGUCGUUCAAAGAAAUGGGAUAAAAUGGAAUCUUAUUUGGAUGUUUGCAGUGAAGUUAUGAGUCAAAAAUUACAGCGAGAAAAGGAAAAGAGUCUUGAGGCAUCUAGCACCUCUAAGGAGAUGUAUUCGAUUGAAGAAUGCAUAGGCAUUGUUGAGACAAUGGGAGACGUUGAUAACAAUACAUUCAACAAGAUGCUAGAAAAGAUAGUGCUUGUUGAAUGGAGGAAAAUCUUUGUUAUAAUGCCAGCAACAAGGAGGAGAGCGUGGUUGGCUAGUCUUUAG